AUGGUUUUGCAGACACAUGGGCUCACUUGGUCACAAAUUGCAGCGUCUGGUGACAGAAAUCCUUCACACACAGUUCCUACUUCUCCUCCCAAAGACGUGACUGUGGUGAGCAAAGAGGGCAAACCUCGGACAAUCAUCGUUAACUGGCAGCCUCCGUCGGAAGCCAACGGCAAAAUUACAGGGUACAUCAUUUACUACAGUACGGAUGUGAACGCUGAAAUCCAUGACUGGGUUAUUGAGCCUGUCGUGGGAAACAGACUGACCCAUCAGAUACAAGAGCUGACCCUCGAUACGCCGUAUUACUUCAAAAUUCAGGCCCGCAACUCGAAGGGCAUGGGGCCCAUGUCUGAGGCGGUUCAGUUCAGAACCCCAAAAGCCGAAUCCUCAGAUAAAAUGCCUAAUGAUCAAGCUUUGGGAUCUGCAGGGAAGGGAAGCCGCCCAGUGGACAUAGGACCCGAUUACAAACCACCCCUUGGUGGCAGUAACAGUCCCCAUGGAAGUCCUACUUCCCCAUUGGACAGCAACAUGCUCCUCGUCAUCAUCGUGUCUGUUGGAGUGAUCACCAUCGUGAUAGUGGUGAUAGUCGCUGUCUUCUGCACUCGCCGUACAACUUCUCACCAAAAGAAGAAACGAGCUGCCUGCAAAUCAGUGAAUGGGUCCCACAAGUACAAAGGGAACUCCAAAGAUGUCAAACCUCCCGACCUUUGGAUCCAUCAUGAAAGACUGGAGCUAAAACCCAUUGAUAAAUCUCCAGAUCCCAAUCCAAUCAUGACGGACACCCCAAUCCCUCGCAACUCCCAAGACAUCACACCAGUUGAUAAUUCCAUGGACAGCAAUAUCCAUCAAAGGCGAAAUUCCUACAGAGGGCACGAGUCAGAGGAUAGCAUGUCCACACUGGCAGGAAGAAGGGGGAUGAGGCCCAAGAUGAUGAUGCCUUUCGAUUCUCAACCACCUCAACCUGUGAUUAGUGCUCAUCCCAUCCAUUCACUUGAUAACCCUCACCAUCAUUUCCACUCCGGCAGCCUCGCUUCUCCAACUCGCAGCUAUCUCCAUCAUCAAGUCAACCCGUGGCCGAUUGGCACAUCCAUGUCCCAUUCAGACAGGGCCAAUUCCACAGAAUCCGUUCGAAACACACCUAGCACGGACACCAUGCCGGCUUCCUCGUCUCAGACGUGUGCUGACCACCAGGAUCCUGAAAGCACCACGGGAUCAUACUUAGCCAAUGCACAAGAAGAGGACUCGGCUCAGAACCUCCCCACGGCACACGUCCGUCCUUCCCACCCACUCAAGAGUUUUGCGGUGCCAGCGGUCCCAGCAGCUGGUUCCACGUAUGACCCUGCACUGCCAAGCACGCCCUUACUGACCCAGCAAGCUCCCAACCAUCCAGUUCACUCGGUGAAGACCGCGUCAAUUGGGACCUUAGGAAGAACUCGCCCUCCCGUGCCAGUGGUGGUUCCCAGUGCCCCUGCUGUGCAGGAGACCGCCAGGAUGCUCGAGGACUCAGAAAGCAAUUACGAACCUGAUGAGCUGACCAAAGAGAUGGCCCACCUGGAAGGACUGAUGAAGGACCUUAAUGCCAUCACUACAGCGUGACCACCUUCACCAGGACAUGACUCCAGACAGUGUCACAAGUCUUGGGACUCAGCCUUGAAACGCAAGGAAUUGUACAAAGAAAGAAAGAAGAA